CAUCGCAUUCACGAGGGAUUCGUGGACGUUCGAGGUGUGCAGAGGGCGUAGGGUUUGCGCUCGAGCGGCCUCGAGUCCUCCUGGAAUUUACGGAGAUGACCCCGUGCCAGUCAGCUACCCAGCUCACCUGGAGGCGGUGCAGAGUCGUCCUGAUUAUCUACCUUUCAAUCUGCUUCCUUCCCCGCCUCUCGACAUCUAAUCUCAUAUCUUCAGGUUAUCUUCUGCCGCCAUCGUCCUCGAGUCCUCGAUGCCAGAAUUCGAACCGCGUGUCUCGUUCGACCGUGACCUGGUCCUAAACCUUCCCCGAUCACUCAAACCCUGCCCGGGGUAUAGGUGAAAUACACGAAAGUGAAAGUGGGAAAGUGAGUAA